AUGGAAAGACAAUUGCGAAAAGUGCCAUUUGCUUGGGAAGCAUAGCUGACUGCCUGAGUAACACGGUGCGAGCUUUAUAAAGCUCCCCUCGUUCCGGAUGCCGGUGGCGAUUCGAGACGACCGCCGUCUUGUUCACUUCCUCCGUCGCAGGAGAGUCUCCGGUCGCCGCCGAUGCGCAUUCCUCCUCCCUCUCGGAGCACCCAGCAUCGCGACGGAGCCGACGACCGCAGCGGGAUGAACUGUGUGGGCGCACUCUUGAUUAGCCGACUUUCGUGAUCAUACGGAAGUUCCUUCGCUCUGCAACUCUGAAAGAAAACCUGAAGACAUUAUAGCUUCUGCAACCAUUGUCGAGAAUCCAAAUUGAGACAAAUCAAAGCAGAGACGAGAAUUGCCAAAACCCAUGGGGGAAGAAGAUGUUUACACGAAAGAUGGAACGGUGGACUACAAAGGCAACCCUGCCAACAAAAAGAAAACUGGAACAUGGAAGGCCUGCCCCUUUAUUCUAGGCAAUGAAUGUUGUGAAAGGCUGGCAUACUAUGGCAUGAGCACCAAUCUGGUGCUUUACUUCAAGAACCGCUUACAUCAACACAGUACAACCGCUUCUAACAAUGUUACGAACUGGGGAGGAACGUGCUACAUCACUCCUUUGAUUGGAGCUUUUUUCGCCGAUGCCUAUCUAGGGAGAUAUUGGACUAUAGCAUGCUUCUCGAUUAUCUAUGUUCUUGGGAUGACACUGCUGACGCUCUCGGCAUCAGUCACGGGACUAAAGCCAACCUGUACAGGGAAAGAUAAUUGCCACGCUACGAAUAUCCAAAGCGCAGUGUGCUUUAUAGCACUCUAUCUCAUAGCCCUGGGGACUGGAGGGAUCAAGCCUUGUGUCUCAUCCUACGGAGCUGAUCAAUUUGAUGAUGCUGAUGAGGCUGAAAAGAAACGCAAGGGUUCUUUCUUCAACUGGUUUUAUUUCUCAAUCAAUAUAGGCGCACUCAUUGCGUCCUCUGUUUUGGUCUAUAUACAAGACAAUGUGGGUUGGGGAUUGGGUUUCGGCAUUCCAGCAGCUGCUAUGGCAAUUGCAGUAUGUACUUUCUUUUCGGGCACUCGCCUUUAUCGUAACCAAAAGCCUGGAGGGAGCCCCCUCACGCGUCUCUGUCAAGUGGUGGUGGCAUCCUUCAGAAAAUAUCGAGUGGAAGUACCAGCUGACAAGUCUCUCCUGUAUGAGACUGCGGACGCCGAGUCUGUAAUCAAAGGAAGCCGCAAGCUUGAUCAUACCCAAGAUUUGAGUUUCUUUGACAAAGCUGCUGUGGAAACACAAACCGAUCACAUUAAGGAACCCGUGAAUCCAUGGAGGCUGUGCACCAUCACCCAAGUGGAGGAGCUAAAGGCGAUCAUACGGCUGCUUCCUGUAUGGGCCACCGGAAUCGUCUUUGCCACUGUGUACAACCAGAUGGGUACCUUGUUUGUUUUACAAGGCUCUACUAUGGACCCUUACGUUGGAAAUUCUAGCUUCAAAAUUCCAGCAGCCUCUCUCUCUAUCUUUGACACCCUCAGCGUCCUAUUCUGGGUCCCUGUAUACGACCGCAUCAUUGUUCCAGUGGCAAGGAGAUUCACGGGUCACAAAAGCGGUCUGACCCAACUGCAGAGAAUGGGGAUUGGCCUCUUCAUAUCCAUCUUCGCCAUGAUAUCGGCAGCAAUACUAGAGGUCGUUAGACUCAAGAUGGUAAGGAGGCAUGGCUACUAUGAUUCCACGUACGUACCGAUGUCAAUAUUCUGGCAGGUCCCCCAGUACUUCCUCAUCGGUUGUGCAGAAGUGUUCACAUUCAUUGGGCAAUUGGAGUUUUUCUACGAGCAAGCGCCCGAUGCCAUGAGGAGCAUGUGCUCUGCUCUCCAGCUCACCACGAAUGCACUCGGAAACUACUUGAGCUCGCUCCUUGUGACUAUUGUCACAACUAUUAGUACAAGACACGGGAAACUGGGAUGGAUUCCAGACAAUCUGAACCGCGGUCACCUCCAUUACUUCUUUUGGCUUUUGGCGGUCCUCAGCGUGAUCAACUUGGGAGCUUUUCUCUUGGUAGCGAGGUGGUACACGUAUAAGAGGGCGGUGGGGACGCUCCGCUGAAAGUGCAGGUCUCUUCCAGCCCAAAAACUUGUUUCCACAGCGACCUCAGUUUGGAGCGUGACUUAAACAGAUGUCUUGAUCGGCAUCUGCUUCGCCGGUUCAAGCUAAAGAAUGGCCUGCUUGAAGUGAAGUACAUGUUUCUACUUUCUGUUGUGUGUAUGAAAAAACAACUGGUUACCAAUUGCUUCGUUGUGUCAUUGUGUAAUCUAAGAAUCAAAAUGGAAGUGAAAGUAAAAGUAUAGCGCAA